AUGAAGUCACUGGAAUUAGAUCAAGAAAGUAUAAAACUCACCCCUACGAAGAGCCAAGUUGAGCAAAGAGGAGAAGUAGAAGGUUGUGAUGACGACGACGAGGGGAACGUUUCAAUAGGUUCAGUUUCCACCUAUGGCGGAGAUCAAGAAUACCACGAUUCAUUCAUGGCCACAGUUGAAAGAAACCAAAUCUCGAUAUCCCGGAACUUGAUGCUACUUCUAUAUAGCUUGAACUUUUUCAGUUCAGACGUGAGAAUCACCUCCAUCACCAACAAAUUCAUCGUCUUGCAAAACAAAGUUGGCGUGGACAACGUGGGAAGGCCGAUUUACGACAUUGAUAUAGAUGACGUUUACUUUGUUGUCCAUUGGGUCAUCACGGUGACUUUCCUCCGUUCGGCACUCAUGAAAUAUCUCAUGGAGCCAUUUGCUUCGAAGUUCUGCAACAUACACUCGAGAAAAGCCAAGACUAGGUUUGCUGAACAGAGCUGGUCGUUUGUUUACUGGGGGUUGUCGUUUAUUUAUGGAGUUUAUUUGUAUCUCGAUGCACCAUAUUUCAACGAUUUGGACCAGAUCUACAUCAACUGGCCCGAUUUCUACAUGAAUGGGCCCUUCAAGAGCUAUUAUUUGAUUUCAAUGGCGUUUUGGAUCCAGCAAAUCUUUGUGCUCCACGUUGAAAAGCCUCGCAAGGACCACUACCAAAUGUUGAGCCAUCACAUUAUUACAUGCAUGUUGAUCAUUGGGUCUUAUUACUACUACUACUUCAGAAUCGGACACUUGAUUUUGAUGAUUAUGGACUCGGUGGAUAUUUUCUUAGCUGGGGCCAAGAUGUUGAAAUAUGCCAAAUAUAGCACCGCUUGCGAUGCCAUGUUUAUCUUGUUCUUGGUGAGUUGGAUUGGUUUGAGACACGGGGUCUACAACUACAUCUUUUACCACGCGUGGCACAAAUCCACCAGUUUGAUGCAGAAUGGCCGCUGCAUCGAAGGCGUGGCGCAAAAGAGAUGCUGGACACCCGGGGUGAUUAAUGUGUUUAUGGGGCUACUUGGUGGUUUGCAGAUUAUUACUUGCAUUUGGAUGUAUUUGAUUUUAAAAGUUGCUUACAAGGUCAUCAUUGGAAGUGGAGCUGAAGAUGUGAGGAGUGACGAAGAUGAUACAGACGAGGAAAAGGAAGAGGAAGGGCAAGAUUUUGAAGAAAAAGAAGCUAUAGGAGAGGUAGAUGAACAGGAGGAGAAAGAGCAAGAGGAAGCUAAUCAACUGCCUGACGAAGUUGAUUCUGAUAAAGCUGAGUUGCUCGAUGAAAAGUUCGAAUUUCAGUACAGCACUUCGGUUUCUAACCGAAAGGACACUUAUACAUCCGCCUUGGAUGAAAAGUAA